GUUUGUGGUAAUGCUUUGAUGAAGCAGUAUCAGGUCCAGUUCUGGAAACUCAUCCUGCUACUUAAAGAGGAAUACUUCCCAAGAAUUGAAGCGGUGACCACCACUGGACAGAUGGGCUCAGUCAUCAGACUCAAACAGUUUCUAGAGACGUCGCUGCAGAGCCGACAGAUCAGUCCGCCCAAAGGCCAGCUGAGCUCCAUGUUCUGGAGGUCGUGAUGGAGGAGGGGCCAUGUUGGAUGUUGCUGCAUGAUGCCGAUUAGGCAUGGAAGGAGACUUUCUCUACAACUUCAGUUAGUAGCAGGAAACUGCAGAUAGAUGGCCGCCACUUCUGCAGCUGCUGUAGCUCAUGGACUUUGGUGUCAGUUUCAUUUACUGAAGAGAACUGACCAGAGGAAUUUGAUGACGAUGACACAAUGAAGACCACUACAUUUUCUGAAUCUCAUUAUGUUCCAAAGUAAAAAUGAAUCCAACAGUUUUGAACGGCUAACGGCGAGAUAUUUAUCUUCGGGUUCUUCAAAACAAUGAAGGGAGCACUUCUUGCCAACUUAGCCGUCCUCCAACAGCUGUUCGAAUGGUUUUCUGGGUGUCACCGUUGAAACGUGUCUCUGUGCACUGGUGGUUUUCUGCUUCUUUCAGCUUUUAGAAUAUAGUUCUUAAAUGAAGACAAGAAAUAAUUAUGCGUUGUGUUGAGAUGUAAGCGUCUCCUUUAACGUUUCUUGUGAAGUGCCUCAGUUUGAAUCCUUAAUGUAAAAGAUGUGUUCAAGCUCAUAAUGUGAAGCUGUUUAUAUCGGGGGGGGGGGGGCUAUUUUAUUUAACUCCAUUUGGUCACUACAGGAUCUCAACAAGUCUUGAAGCAAAAUGGGGUUAAAUGAUUUUAACUUUUGCUAUUUAUAUUUUUAUUAAUCCACCAUGUGGAACAGCUUUGUGUAAACUGUUAACCAAUGUGAAUGAAGUUAUCCCAAGACUAGAAAUAUAUAUGUAGAGGGAUUUAACUGCAAAUGUGUUCAAAACGUGCAUUAGUCACACAACACAAAUUAUUUGAUACAGAAAUCUAAAGAUGACCUUAAAGGGAAACUCUGUGUGCUUGUUUUGAAGGCGCAGAGGUGUGUUCUGAACAUAAUGUAGACCGGUGUGUAACAAGAAAGAUUGUAAUCAUCAUCUAUGAACCAAAUGGCUGAAAUAAAACCUCAUCAGCAGUUUA